GUUCUCACCGUGUUUAGAGCCUCACAGAAUAAACAAUAGCCAAUUAAAAGAGUCUAAAAGAAUGAGGCAGAAUAUUCCUUAAAGGAGAAAUAAGUACAUCUAUCUAUCUUUGUAUUAGAUCUUUAAUAAUGCAGUCAGCAGAAGAGGGACACGUCACCCCGGAGGAUCUACAACAUGAAGGAUUCCAGAUAAAAAUAAUAAAAAAGGAAGAAGAUGAAGAUGAGGACGAUGAUUUCGUCUGUGAAGGAUCUUUAAUUCCUGUGGAACAAGUCAUCUCUGAGGAACAUCUCACCCAAGUGGACCAACAGUGUGGAGGUUUCCAGAUGAAGCCUGUGAAGAAGGAAGAACCUGAAGAUACAGAACUGAACGAUGAUUCCUCCUGCUCCUCGUGUCCAUGUUCCUCUACAACCCAAAAUCACCUCCACAAUCACAUCAAGAGCUGCAAUGAUGAUGAAUAUGAGACUCUGGUGAAGUCUGAGACUGAACAUGAGAAUCUGUGUGGGAAGGGUUUCACUACACUGACUGCUCUCAAAAGUCACCAGCGCAUUCACACUGGAGAGAAACCAUAUCAGUGCUCACAGUGUGGGAAGAGUUUUAAUGCACAGAGUCAUCUCAAACAACACCUGCGCAUUCACACCGGAGAGAAACCAUACCAGUGCUCACAGUGUGAGAAGAGUUUUAAUACACAGGGUAAUCUCAACAUACACCAGCGCAUUCACACUGGAGAGAAACCAUAUCAGUGCUCACAGUGUGAGAAGAGUUUUAAUACACAGGGUAAUCUCAACAUACACCAGCGCAUUCACACUGGAGAGAAACCGUAUCAGUGCUCACAGUGUGGGAAGAGUUUUAAUCAACCGAGUCAUCUGAAAACCCACCAGCGCAUUCACACUGGAGAGAAACCGUAUUAUUGCUCACAGUGUGGGAAGAGUUUUAAUCAACAGAGUAGUCUCAAAACCCACCAGCACAUUCACACUGAAGAGAAACCGUAUCAGUGCUCACAGUGUGAGAAGAGCUUUUAUAUACAGAGUGCUCUUAAAAAUCACCAGCGCAUUCACACUGGAGAGAAACCAUAUCAGUGCUCACAGUGUGGGAACUGCUUUGCUCAUUUAAUAACAUUUAAGAAACACAAGUGUGACACAUUCAAUUGUGGGCAGCUGUAGCCUAGUGGUUAAAAUACUGGUUCAGUAAUCAGAAGAUUGCCGGUACAAGCCUCACCACUGCCAGGUUGCCACUGUUGGGCUCUAGAGCAAGGCCCUUAACCCUCAAUUGCUUAGACUGUAUACUGUCACACUACUGUAAGUCGCUUUGAAUAAAAGCAUCUGCUAAAUGCUGAAAAUGUAAAAAUGUAAUUGUACCAAAUAAAUGAAGGGUUUGAUUUUUAAUACCACA